GCGCCCCCCCCCCCCUCCUUCAAAAACCCUAAACCUAAAGCCCUCUGCAACCUCCGAACAUCGGACAACCAAUCAACAAUGGGGAAACAAAGCAAAAAGAGUAAGAAUAAGAGAGUCACACUGAAGCAUAAGCACAAGGUGCUAAAGAAGGUAAAAGAGCAUCACAAGAAGAAGGCCAAAGAGGCGAAGAAGCUGGGUAUGAACAAAAAGCCUAAAGUUGAGAAGAACCCAGAUAAUGAUGACAGGCCUUUAAAUGAACAAGAGCUGAAGGAUCUCGAGGCUCGUCGUGCAAAGGCUCUUGAGGCUCGUCGGGCAAAGACUCCUGUGGAAAUCGAGCAGAAAAAGGAUGCUAGUAUAGAAAGGGUUAAAAAGAGGAAGUUGGGGCAAUUGGACGACGACGAUGAUAUCAUGAAUCUUCCUGAGCAGGUUUCUGCCAGAGAACAGGCUUUUGGAGAGGGAAAAGUCCUUGAUGAUUUUACAGUGAUGAGUAAGACACGGGACAAUUCAGAGAGAUCUUUCUUCAAGGAGUUGGCAAAAGUUAUCGAAGCAUCAGAUGUCAUCUUGGAAGUGCUUGAUGCUCGGGAUCCGCUUGGGACUCGUUGUGCUGAUAUGGAAAAAAUGGUUUUGAGAGCUGGUCCUGAAAAGCAUCUCGUGUUGCUCUUAAACAAAAUUGAUCUUGUUCCUCGUGAAGCUGCUGAAAAGUGGCUCAAGUAUCUUAGAGAGGAGUUGCCAGCAGUUGCUUUCAAGUGUAGUACCCAAGAGCAAAGGUCUAACCUAGGGUGGAAGUCCUCCCGAUCUGCAAAGAAAACAAGCAAUCUUUUGCAAACAAGUGACUGUCUUGGAGCAGAAACUCUUAUAAAGUUGCUUAAAAAUUACUCAAGAAGUCAUGAGCUUAAAAAAUCAAUCACUGUGGGUGUAGUUGGCCUGCCAAAUGUAGGUAAGAGCAGUCUUAUCAAUAGUUUGAAGAGAUGUCAUGUUGUCAAUGUUGGGGCGACACCAGGACUGACAAGAACCAUGCAAGAAGUUCAGUUAGACAAGAAUGUUAAACUUUUGGAUUGCCCUGGUGUUGUGAUGCUUAAAUCCGGGGAUAAUGAUGCUGCUGUUGCACUUCGAAAUUGCAAGAGAAUUGAGAAGCUAGAGGAUCCUGUCGGUCCAGUGAAGGAAAUCCUAAAAUUAUGCCCCGCGCAAAUGUUGAUUACGCUAUACAAACUUGCUAGCUUCGAUUCCGUUGAUGACUUUCUUUUCAAGGUAGCGACCCUCAGAGGUAAGCUCAAAAAGGGAGGUAUCGUGGACAUCAAUGCUACUGCGAGAAUCGUGUUGCAUGAUUGGAAUGAAGGUAAAAUUCCGUAUUACACAAUGCCUCCAACUAGGAACGAAGGAGAGGUUAUGGAGGCGAAUAUAGUUUCUGAACUUGGGAAGGAGUUUAACGUGGAUGAAGUAUAUGGCACCGAUUCCUCGAUUAUUGGCAGCCUAAAAUCUGUCAAUGAUUUUAACUCUGUUACGAUCACGCCCAACAAUCCUCUUGUUUUUGACGAGACAAUGCUCGAGAACGAUAAACAAUCACAACCCGAAAAUCCAGUAGGAAUUAUCAACAACGUAGGCGAAGACGAAGCCAUGGCAGAAGAUGAUGAUGAUUCAGGAGAGGCGAAGAUCAAGAAUUCCAGUAGCAGACAAAACGAGAAAUUGUAUGCUGCCGAAGGCGUCUUAAACACAAAGUUAAGGAAAGCAGAGAAAAAGAGAAGGAAAAAGGCGAACAAAUUAGCAUCGAUGGAAGAAGAUCAGCCGAAGGAGAGUGAUAAGGUAGAUGAUGUUAAAAAAGGAUCUGCCAUGGAGGAAGACAACGAUGGGUCAGUUAAUGAUGUCAUGAAGAACCGAUUUGCGUUGCCGGAGACCGCAUUGGCGCUCGAUGAGUAGAAUUUUACCGGCAGAGUGAUGAUAUAUACGAGCUAAGUUUUCGGUUUUUUUGAAUUUGAUAUAUCAGUUAAAUCUUGUUUUCAAUUUUAUAACCAACAAUUUUGCCUGAUGAUGUUUUUAUUUGAUUAUUUCUCAUGCUUACAAUUAAAAGCGAUAAAUGAAAGCAUAUGGGUUGGGUUGAAAA